UCAGGUAAAAUUACGUGGGGGGUAGAGGGGCUGGAAAAGAUUCUAAGGGCUCUAACUGACCGGGUUCCUCAAAAAAUAUCAAAAUGAGACCAUUUGGGGGUGGUGGGGUCAAAGCAGAUAUUUUCAUUUUUAACCUCUAGAGGUCUCCCUUGUCAUGCUAAUGGUUUCUUUUGUUCAUCGAUGGCAAAAAGUAAAGUAUAUUUUGUCCUUUUGUUUGGAAUUUUUGUUUAAAGCACAAAACCUUCUGAAAGAUUCUGUCUCCGUUCGUACGGUCGACAGUUACCUUCAUACGUACAGCCUCCGAGACUGUAUCGUCUUAUAGCCUUGUCAGAUUGUGCGUUUUCAACUUCUGCGUGCUGUAAAUUGUUUAUUACGCGUUACCAUUUUGAAACAGAAUUUUGGAAAUCUGAGGCCAAUUUUAGAAACCAUAACAAGGUACAAAAGUCAGUGAUUGCGCUGUGCUGUUGUUAAAAGUUGACGGGAUAGAUUUUUCUUUUUUUCCCCCCCAUCAAUUGCUGUUACAUAAGAGAGACAAUGCCUACGUGAGUGUUUUUGUUCAUUCACAAAAUGUUUCCUUCCUUUGAGUGAUGGUAUAGCUUAGAUUCGCGUGUAAUGCCGUUGCUUUGGAAAAAGCAUUGACAGAAGGCUCUUUCGAUUGAGCACGGGAGGUCUGUCGGCGGCUAACCACAGCGAGACGAGUCGGAAGUGACGUAUCGCGGUGCAGAACUCAAAGGCUCACCGAGACAAGUUUAUGCCUCGCGUGGGUGCAUCGCACCAGGACUGCACGUACAACAGCUCGGCUAUCGGGAGUAAAGCUAACUUUGAACCUCCUUUCUUUCAUCCACGUCUAACGUAAAAGUGGAAUCAACUUUUCCACAUUUCGCUUAUUGAAACGAUCCAAACUUGUACUUGAGAAGAUGUGGUGUUGGUUGCUGCUGCUGGAUAUUUUUUUCUCUCUUUUUAUAACUGACGUUACCACCAGGAUGCAGGAGACCUUGGCUCACGUUGCCCGUGCGACCAAUUGGAGCUUCCUCACAAGCGGAAACGCCUUUUGAUUUUUGAGCAGCGUCUCCUAGCGCCAAUCACAACUGUUGUUACGCAGCACGGGGAGGACCUCCGAUGAGAAACGACACUGUGGCAGCCAGUCCAGGCGGCCGCGUCUCUGCAUUGGCCAAUCGGAAAAGGCGUGGGGUGGGCCUUGCAGGGCUCGCGGUGUUCCGUUGAAUUCCAUUGCCGACCAUUAAAAGAAUCGGGAGUAGAGGACUACUUCUGAACUGGACGUGCCAGAGAGCUACUAGACAAACAGGAAUAGGCGCAAAGGCAGACAUUCUUCAUAAUAAACAAGAACACGACAAACGAAUUACCUUGGUGUGUCCCCCCUUCCCCAUUCGCACCCGGGAUUUUGGCGUGGGUGUCUCUAGCUAAGUCACUUAUAUCGGACCAAUUUCUGGAUAAUCUCGCGCCUCGGACACGUUUCAUCGUUUAAAAAAAAAACAAUAAACUGAAUGUCGUUUCUGUCAUGAGUCCUGCCGGGUGUUCCCAUGUGAACGGGUUUAAGGUGGAUAACUGGAAGCAGAACCUACGAGUGAUAUAUCAGUGCUUUGUGUGGACCGGGACUGCCGAAACCAGGAAACGCAAGGCCAAGUCGUGUAUGUGUCACAUGUGUGGGGCCCACCUGAGCCGGCUCCACUCCUGCCUGCACUGUGUCUUCUUCGGCUGCUUCACCAAGAAACACAUCCACGAGCACGCCAAGAACAAGCGCCACAACCUGGCGAUAGACUUGCUGUAUGGUGGUAUUUAUUGCUUUGUGUGCCAAGACUACAUUUAUGACAAAGACAUGGAGCAGAUUGCCAAAGAAGAACAGAGGAAGGCCUGGAAACUACAAGGCGUAGGGGAGAAGUAUUCAACAUGGGAACCGACCAAGAGAGAGCUGGAGUUACUACGACACAACCCCAAACGCAGGAAAAUAACCACAAACUGCACCAUCGGUUUGCGGGGCCUGAUAAACCUGGGGAACACCUGCUUCAUGAACUGCAUCGUCCAGGCCCUUACCCACACUCCCCUGCUGCGGGACUUCUUCCUGUCCGACCGGCACAAGUGCGAGAUGCAGUCCAACUCCUGCCUGGUGUGCGAGAUGGCCCAGCUCUUUCAGGAGUUUUACUCUGGUCACCGCUCCCCACACAUUCCGUUCCGGCUGCUGCACCUGGUGUGGACGCACGCGCGCCACCUGGCCGGCUACGAGCAGCAGGACGCCCACGAGUUCCUCAUCGCCGCGCUGGACGUGCUGCACCGCCACUGCAAAGGCGACGACAAUGGGAAAAAGGCCAACAAUCCGAACCACUGCAACUGCAUCAUCGACCAGAUCUUCACUGGGGGGCUGCAAUCUGACGUCACCUGCCAAGUCUGCCAAGGUGUCUCCACCACUAUAGACCCGUUUUGGGACAUCAGUCUGGACCUGCCCGGCUCCUCCACCCCCUUCUGGCCCCUCAGUCCGGGCGGCGACGGCGGCAUCGUCAACGGAGAGGGUCAUGUGACCGGCCCCACCACGCUCACAGACUGUCUACGAAGGUUCACCCGGCCAGAGCAUUUAGGAAGCAGUGCCAAAAUCAAGUGCAGCGGUUGCCAUAGUUACCAGGAAUCAACCAAACAGCUGACAAUGAAGAAGCUUCCCAUCGUGGCCUGUUUCCAUCUGAAAAGGUUUGAGCACUCUGCGAAAUUGAGGAAGAAGAUCAGCACGUACGUGUCCUUCCCCCUGGAGCUGGACAUGACCCCCUUCAUGGCCUCCAGUAAAGACAGCCGGAUGAACGGACAGUACCAGCAGUCGGUGGACACGUUAAACAACGACAAUAAGUAUUCCCUGUUUGCGGUGGUGAAUCACCAGGGCACCCUGGAGAGCGGCCAUUACACCACCUUCAUACGGCAGCACAAGGACCAGUGGUUCAAGUGCGACGACGCCGUCAUCACCAAGGCCAGCAUCAAGGACGUCCUGGACAGCGAAGGGUAUCUAUUGUUCUAUCACAAGCAGUUCCUUGAGUAUGAGUAGAAGAGCAUCCUCCUGCUCUUGCUCCUCCUCCUCCUCCUCCUCCUUCGCGACCCUGAAGUAAAGACAGAAAUUCAAGAGACUGGAGAGAGCGUGUGUGUGGGAGGAGCGAAAUCAACACAAAAACUCUACAGAGGAUUUAAAAAAACAAAAACAAAAUAAUGAUACACAGCCUACCUGAGAACUUUACUAUUAACGAGAAAUUAAUAUGGAAAAGAAAAGAAAACCUAAUCAUGCAAAAAAAAAAAGAAAAGAUAAAAUAAAAUUCUAUCUAUAUAUAUAAGCAAAAUCAGUCGGCACUGAACUACCAGCAUCUGCUACUACUUGACAGGAGAGCAACGGAACAGGAACAGGAAGUGAUGAAGGCACAGGAUGAUUCCGUUGCGGGCGGGGGGCGGGGUCAGGAGGAUGAAGAGGGGGAGGAGCUUUGUUACUUUCACCUUCCUGCCCGGAGCAGAGAGUCCAACGGACGAACGGACAGACGGCAGAGAUUUGGACAACCUGACCCACUGGUGUCACUCUGACCCCCCCUAUGUCUGCAAGUGCUGGAAGACUCUUCUUUUUAUUUUAUUUUUUUACCGCCCCCCUCCACCCCCUGCCACUGUCAGUUGUUUUCUCAUAUGCACAUGGGUCUGAAUGCAAACAAAAAAAAAGAAAAAAACACAAAGGAAAAAAAAAAGGAAAACGACACACACAGAACACAAUGGUAUUAAGAACUUGUUUAUUAUACAUUUAACGAUAAUUAUUAUUUGUGGAUUAUUUGGUUAUGGAAUACUGUAUGAAUUCUAGUACACAUCUAUUUUUUAAGAAAAAAAAAAAAGACUGAAGAAAA